CACUGGUGUAGCUUCCUGCUUAGGAAAUCAGACACACUGGAGGAAAUGGCCACUAAAGUGACGUAAUUAUGGCCUCACGUAACGUCAUCCCGCGCCCAGAGACGACCAACCCGCCGGACGACGACUCUGGCGACUCCAGUUGGGGAAUCGUCGUUCCAAUCGUUCUCGUCGGCUUAUUCAUAGUCAGCGUUAUUGUAUUUCUUUACUGCCAUUACAUGCGGAAAAAGCAACAACAAGGACCACCGGACGCCGCCAACACGUCACUUGGCCGGUUUUCCCGAAGUCUCGUCGGCAGCUCGACGACCGGAAUCGAUUAUGUGCGCUGUUCAACUAGAUCGACUACGCCCCUGAGGUCCAGCCUACGCGGCGACCAGGCGUUCGUCAUGCCGAUGGCACCUCAGUACCACCACGGAAGUCAGCCCAAGUUCACGUUCUAUUGGGAAGACGAUAACUGGAAGCUGUGUCCGGACAGCGUAAACAAUAUGCGUGGGCAUCUCAACCCGCUCUCCCCUAUUGACGAGAUGGACUCGUCCCUUAUGUCAGAUGACGUUUAUAUGGACGUUUCCAAAAGUUACGACGUCGGCGCACAGGCGCCCUUUUCACCUUACCACCUGACGUGGGUGACACCACAGGCGCCGCCGCCGUCUUACGAGGAAUCUGAGGCGGGAUCCCCGGAGAAACGCCUCCGACUUAUGUCGGUCAAUACCACAAACAGCGAGGACACAUACAGUACAUGUCAUACUUUCGACAAGGACGCAUUCCACGUCCACAAUAACACGCUUGCUACAGACGGUGAAUACUCGGCAAACAGUAUGAGUCGCCAUAAAAGAAAAAGUGCCGUUUUAUCCAGUGCUGUGCUAUCUGAGGCGCUUACGAACACUAAUCUCACUAAUUCCCAAAUGACGUCAUAUCCUUCGACACCAAUAUCGUCCACCGGCGCAAGUCUUACGACCUCUAGUCUCGACACAGGGGAGGAUGACGACACAUCAUUCGUGACGUCAUACCACGACACUAGCUACCACAUUUCGAGGCAAAGCGUAAAUAAUCAAUCAGCAGCGUAUACGACAGCGCGUGGAAGUCAGGGAGAGAGCGAGGUGAGUGGGGUCCCCAGCCUACCGAGCAGUAUAUUGUACUACCACCAGAAAAUGGCCGGCAAUAGGAACGUCGAGUUGAUGGAAUGCCCACCGAGAUUAUUGUCUCAACCUUACAACUACAGCAUGGCAAGUAGCAUGGGUUCGGCCGAGUCGCACUACACCGACAACACGUCAUUGCUUCCCAAUGUUGGCAGUAGCAACACGUCCGGAAACCCUUCUAUGUCAAUGUCCAUACCACAUUCCAACGUUCCUGGAGUUGUGGAGCAGGGUUGUCAAGGAACAAUGAGUCCUGGCGACCUGUCUAAGCUUGUGAACGAACUGUCCUCCAUCAGACCAAGUUCUACAGAGCCGACGUCCAUCAACAAAGGCAUCGUCAACAGCGCCUGUGUCUACGAUAAUAACAUUGGCGAGAGCUACGUCACGGAACAAAUCCAUCCUCAGAAUGCAUCGGAAGGUGAUGUGAACUUUCGUCACAGCAUCACGGAGCUGUUCCGGAGCUGGAGCGUCACGGCUGAACUAGAUUAUAGUUCUUUGAGCUCCCGCGGAGCAAGCGGAGCAAGCGGAGCAAGCGGAGCAACGUCCAUGAACACCCCGCAGCACGAGAACUCAUUCGCGUGGGACAACUUCCCUUGGCACAAAAAUAAAGGUAUACCGGAGCAUUAUCAACAACAGCAGGAAAUAACGCCACAUUUAGUGGAGGAUUACAAUCACAACCUGGUCGAACCCAGCGUCAAUCACAACCUGGUCGAACCCAGCGCCAAUCACAACCUGGUCGAACUCGGCGCCAGCGGAAAUGUCCUGGACAUCAAUCGACUGUCCACACCGGGCAGAAAGGUGAAGUUUGAGGCGCCUGUGCUUGUCAGCAAGACAUAUUGGGUCUGAGACAAAUUUAUAUAUUUAUAGCGUUCUCUAGGACAAUCCCGUUUGAUGCUCUGACCGUUGAGUCGCAGUGUGGACGAUCCGUUACUACACUUACAAACAAGUAUAACGAGUGAAGUCGAGGUUCUGAUGUUUAUAAAUACUACAAAGAAGUUCGUUGACAUUGAUAAUGUAUCUGAAUGGUUCAGACUAUUAUUCUAUACCGUGGUCGGUGGUGAUACCGACAAUAGCAUUGCGAAGAUCUAAUUUUAAUUAGAUUGCGAUAACUGAUAAACAGAAUAGUUAUAUAAUAAAAAUUGGUUUGUAAAUAAAAACAAAUGCUUGUAACGAAGUGCUAUGACCGAGACAGUACGCUGGACUCCAGGAAGGCGCUAUUUAUGGAGAUAUUAGUUUAUUUUACUUGAUUGUGAAAUUAUUCACUUCUUCGUCAUCAGAUGACCGUGUUAAAUUUUGUUCAAAUUGCUAACGGCGACAUAAAUGUUAAAACAUUGACGUGGACUUUCCUAAACCACUCAUUUUGUGUCAUGUGCUUUGUUUGACUUUUGUGUAUGUAUUGAAAUUUGAAACUGAGACACGCAUUAUAUUGGUCAAUAUAAUGAGAAUUUGUAUACUAUUUUAAAAGUGAUAUAAAAUUGAA